CUCUGUUCUUCACCUUUCCCAAAUUCUCCCAUUUCCUUGUCCCCAAAGAAAGCCCCUUGCCCCCUUCUUCCUCCUCCUUCUCCAAUCAAUCUGCCUUUCAUGCGGCUUCGAUCUUCCUAGAAAUCAUAGCCGCCUUGCUCUGUUCCGAAAUUUCGUGUUCGUCAUCACAAACACAGUUUCAGAAAGGCAUGAGUUGCAACGGCUGCCGAGUUCUUCGAAAGGGAUGCAGUGAGAACUGUAUAUUGCGGCCUUGCUUGCAGUGGAUCGAUAGCCCUCAAGCCCAAGGCUACGCCACUGUGUUCGUCGCUAAAUUCUUUGGCCGUGCUGGCCUCAUGUCGUUUAUUUCUAACGUCCCUCCCAACCAGAGACCUGCUCUGUUUCAGUCCUUGUUGUUCGAAGCGUGUGGGCGAACGGUGAACCCUGUGAACGGAGCUGUCGGGCUUCUGUGGACGGGAAACUGGCAUGUGUGCGAGGCGGCCGUGGAGACGGUGCUGCGCGGCGGCACGUUAAAGCCCAUGCCGGAGCUUCCAGGGUUGGAUGCACCGGCUCGUGCUCCGGCUACGGACGAGGCAUCCGAAGCGGAGGUUACGUGCAAUGACAUGGGGAGGAUCCGAGAUCCGACCUCGAAUUCGGGAUAUAAUAACAAGGUCUCUCCCGGUGGCAAACUAGGACUGUCCGGUGACUCUGUCAUGCUCCAGACGACCGAUCUCGACUUGCGAUUGACGCCAAGCUUCCUCCAUAGAGUGCCUGCCUACGGCUGCGGACCACAAGUCCGACGGCCGGGUUCGCCGUCGAUGAACUCGGAAGAAUCCGUCACGACGGCGACUUGUUUGGAAAGCGCGAUCGGAGAUCACCGCCCUCCCGGCCGAGACACGAAGCUUCUCAAUCUUUUCAUCUGAGGGGUCGCCAUCAUUCUGAGAUUCAUGUUUUGGUGAAGGAAACGGUCACACGCGCGCGUGGUUGGGUGUAAUAUUCCUAUAAUUAAAUUAACUCUGUUAUUAGAAUUCUUAGAAUCUUCAUCCGCUUUAUCUGGGGGAAGACAGCUUUCCCGGAAAUUUUGAAUCCGGCGAGUUUUUGCAAGAUACCGGCACAGGAUUUCUCUCUGGUCUUCGUUUGUAGAGGAAGAGAGAAAGAUGAAGGUUCGUCGGUGAUCCUUCUCCCCUCUUUGUUUUGUUUACUAUUUUCCAGAAUCAAAUGUAUCUCUUAUUUUCACUUAAUUCGCCUAUACAUGUAAUGGCCGUGUGACAUGAAUAAUAGUAGAAAAAUCUCAGAUAUUUGCAGCCUUUUCCAUUA